AUGAACGCACUCUUCUCGCUCUAUACCCGUGGGGCGCUCUCGAUGCUCCGUGGUUUGAUAGACCGAUAUAGCGCGAAUAGAUGGUUGUCCGAGUCUCGAAAUUCCACGGGCUGUCAAAAGCUGUCAAGUCACAACUCGGACGCCUGCCCUCAACAACCACCUGCGCUCAAUCAUCGUUGA